CGAUGACGUCUUGACGUUUACUUGCUUUUUCUUCUAACCUCACUUUUGUAAUUUUUCAACUUUUAUUUUUCAAAAUUAUUUUAAUGAAUUAAAAAUUCCAAUUUACCAUAAUACAAAAUGACUCUAUAUCAUUUUGGAAAUUGUGUAGCGCUCGUAUACGUUCCCUAUUACCUUGCCUACAAACAUUCAGGCCUAUCCGAAUAUGGGGCUUUUUGGAAAUGCGUACAAGCUGGAAUGAUUUAUAUGUUCACACAACUAAUAAAAAUGAUGGUACUUGCCACCUUUUUUCCUGAUAACGUUGAAGAAUUUGGUAGCUAUUUGAUUGGGGACUUUUUUAAAUAUACUGUAGAUAUAGCCGAUUUAGUAGGUUUACAUUUUGUUCUCGAUGGUAUUCCUGGUAAAGGACAUAGUAAAGUUCUUACAGCAGGAAUCGGAUGGGCCACUGCAGAGGUUAUCUUAUCUAGAGCUCUUCUAUUGUGGGUUGGAGCACGUGGAGCAGAAUUCGACUGGAUAUACAUCCAAAAAUGCCUGGAAUCCAACAUCCUUCUUGUCCAACACAUUGCCACAGCGACUUUGAUAUGGCUAAGGUCAAGACACAACUUGAAUAACAAUUUAAAAACUGUUGUCACUAUUUUAUUAGUAUUAAGCUGCUAUAAGUCUUUAUUGUUCGAGUCUUUAAUACACAUUUUAAAACUUGGCACUUGGCUGGGAUUGGUUGUUAAAGGGGCAUUUACUUUGGCUUAUGGGCUGUUUAGUUUGAGUAUUUAUGCAGGAAUGGCGGAGCUUAUGGGGAUUUAUUGAAUAAUAUUUAGUGAUUUCUUUAUAAAUGGUCUAAUAAAUAAGUAAUUAAUACAAAGG